CGGCACCCGGACCCAUGCUGGGGGGCGGCGGCGGCGGCGACGGCGGCGGCCUGAACAGUGUGCACCACCACCCCCUGCACCCCCGUCACGAACUGAACAUGGCCCAUAACUCGAGCGCGGCGGCCGCCGCCAGCACUAACAGCGCCAAGAGCGGCGGAUCCGAGGCGGCUCUCAAGGAGGGUGGAAGCGCCGCCGCGCUGUCCUCCUCCUCCUCCGCGGCAUCCUCCUCUUCCUCCUCGUCGGGCCCGAGCUCGGCCAUGGAGACGGGGCUGCUCCCCAACCACAAACUGAAAACCGUUGGCGAAGCCCCCUCCGCACCGCCCCACCAGCAGCAGCACCACCAGCACCACCAUGCCCACCACCAGCACCACCAUGCCCACCACCUCCACCACCACCACCACCACGCAUUACAGCAGCAGCUAAACCAGUUCCAGCAGCAGCAGCAACAGCAGCAGCAGCAGCAGCAGCAACAACAUCAUCCCAUUUCCAACAACAGCAGCCUCGGCGGCGCGGGCGGCGGCGCGGCUCAGCCCGGUCCCGACAUGGAGCAGCCGCAACAUGGAGGCGCCAAGGACAGUGCCGCGGGCAGCCAGGCCGACCCCCCUGGCCAGCCUCUGCUGAGCAAGCCGGGCGACGAGGACGACGCGCCGCCCAAGAUGGGGGAGCCGGCGGGCGGCCGGUACGAGCACCCGGGCCUGGGCGCCCUGGGCGCGCAGCAGCCGCCGGUGGCCGUGCCCGGGGGCGGCGGCGGCCCCGCGACCGUCUCGGAGUUUAAUAAUUACUAUGGCAGCGCUGCCCCUGCUAGCGGCGGCCCCGGCGGCCGCGCUGGGCCUUGCUUUGAUCAACAUGGCGGACAACAAAGCCCCGGGAUGGGGAUGAUGCACUCCGCCUCAGCCGCCGCCGGAACCCCCAACAGCAUGGACCCCCUGCAGAACUCCCACGAAGGGUACCCCAACAGCCAGUACAACCAUUAUCCGGGCUACAGCCGGCCCGGCGCGGGCGGCGGCGGCGGCGGCGGCGGCGGCGGAGGAGGAGGAGGCAGCGGAGGAGGAGGAGGAGGAGGAGGAGGAGGAGCAGGAGCGGGAGCUGUGGCGGUGGCGGCCGCGGCGGCGGCGGCGGCAGCAGCAGCAGGAGGCGGCGGCGGCUAUGGGGGCUCGUCCUCGGGGUACGGGGUGCUGAGCUCCCCCCGGCAGCAGGGCCAGGCGGCCGCGGGCAUGGGCUUGGGCAAGGACAUGGGCGCCCAGUACGCCGCCGCCAGCCCGGCCUGGGCGGCCGCGCAACAAAGGAGCCACCCGGCGAUGAGUCCCGGCACCCCGGGCCCCACCAUGGGCAGAUCCCAGGGCAGCCCAAUGGACCCCAUGGUGAUGAAGAGACCUCAGUUGUAUGGGAUGGGCAGCAACCCUCAUUCUCAGCCUCAGCAGAGCAGCCCCUACCCGGGAGGUUCCUAUGGCCCACCAGGCCCACAGCGGUAUCCCAUCGGCAUCCAAGGCCGGAGCCCAGGGGCCAUGGCAGGAAUGCAGUACCCACAGCAGCAGAUGCCACCUCAGUAUGGACAGCAAGGUGUGAGUGGUUACUGCCAGCAGGGCCAGCAGCCUUAUUACAACCAGCAGCCGCAGCCUCCGCAUCUCCCUCCCCAGGCUCAGUACCUGCCGUCCCAGUCCCAGCAGAGGUACCAACCGCAGCAGGACCUUUCUCAGGAAGGCUAUGGAACUAGGUCUCAACCUCCUCUGGCUCCUGGAAAACCUAACCAUGAAGACUUGAACUUGAUACAACAAGAAAGACCAUCAAGUUUACCAGACCUGUCUGGCUCCAUUGAUGACCUCCCCACGGGGACGGAAGCAGCUCUGAGCUCAGCGGUCAGUGCAUCUGGGUCCACGAGCAGCCAAGGGGAUCAGAGCAACCCAGCUCAGUCACCAUUCUCCCCACAUGCAUCCCCCCAUCUCUCCAGCAUUCCUGGGGGCCCAUCACCUUCUCCCGUCGGCUCUCCUGUAGGAAGCAACCAGUCACGAUCUGGCCCAAUUUCUCCUGCAAGUAUUCCAGGCAGUCAGAUGCCUCCACAGCCACCCGGGAGCCAGUCAGAAUCUAGUUCCCAUCCUGCCUUGAGCCAGUCACCAAUGCCACAGGAAAGAGGUUUUAUGGCAGGCACACAAAGAAACCCUCCGAUGUCUCAAUAUGGACCUCAACAGACAGGACCAUCCAUGUCGCCUCAUCCUUCUCCUGGAGGCCAGAUGCAUCCUGGAAUCAGUAGCUUUCAGCAGAGUAACUCCAGUGGGACUUACGGUCCACAGAUGAGCCAGUAUGGACCACAAGGUAACUACUCCAGACCCCCAACGUAUAGUGGGGUGCCCAGUGCAAGCUACAGUGGCCCGGGGCCUGGCAUGGGCAUCAAUGCCAACAACCAGAUGCAUGGACAAGGGCCAAGCCAGCCAUGUGGUGCUGUGCCCCUGGGACGAAUGCCAUCAGCUGGGAUGCAGAACAGACCAUUUCCUGGAAAUAUGAGCAGCAUGACCCCCAGCUCUCCUGGCAUGUCUCAGCAAGGCGGGCCAGGAAUGGGGCCACCGAUGCCAACCGUGAACCGUAAGGCACAGGAGGCAGCUGCCGCAGUGAUGCAGGCCGCUGCAAACUCGGCACAAAGCAGGCAAGGCAGCUUCCCGGGCAUGAAUCAGAGUGGACUUCUGGCCUCCAGCUCUCCCUACAGCCAGCCCAUGAACAACAGCUCCGGGCUGAUGAACACCCCGACGCCGCCCUACAGCAUGACACCCAACAUGGUGAACAGCUCCGCAGCAUCUAUGGGUCUUGCAGAUAUGAUGUCUCCUGGUGAAUCCAAAUUGCCCCUGCCUCUCAAAGCAGACAGUAAAGAAGAAGGAACUGCACAGCCUGAGAGCAAGGCGAAGGAUAGCUACAGCUCUCAGGGUAUUUCUCAGCCCCCAACCCCCGGCAACCUGCCAGUCCCCUCCCCAAUGUCCCCCAGCUCUGCUAGCAUCUCCUCAUUUCAUGGAGAUGAAAGUGAUAGCAUUAGCAGCCCAGGCUGGCCAAAGACUCCAUCAAGCCCUAAGUCCAGCUCAUCCACCACCACUGGAGAAAAGAUCACCAAGGUGUAUGAGCUGGGGAGCGAGCCGGAGAGAAAGGUCUGGGUCGACCGCUACCUGACCUUCAUGGAAGAGAGGGGCUCCCCUGUUGCGAGCCUGCCCGCGGUGGGCAAGAGGCCCCUGGACCUGUUCCGGCUCUAUGUCUGCGUCAAAGAGAUCGGAGGGUUGGCACAGGUUAAUAAAAACAAGAAGUGGCGUGAGCUGGCAACCAACCUCAACGUUGGCACGUCGAGCAGCGCGGCCAGCUCCCUGAAAAAGCAGUACAUCCAGUACCUGUUUGCCUUCGAGUGCAAGAUCGAACGCGGGGAGGAGCCCCCGCCGGAAGUCUUCAGCACCGGGGAGACCAAGAAGCAGCCCAAGCUCCAGCCGCCAUCUCCUGCUAACUCAGGAUCCUUGCAAGGUCCACAGACCCCCCAAUCAACUGGCAGUAAUUCGAUGGCAGAGGUUCCAGGUGACCUGAAGCCACCUACUCCAGCCUCCACCCCUCAUGGACAGAUGACCCCAAUGCAAGGUGGAAGAAGCAGUACCGUCAGUGUGCACGACCCAUUCUCAGACACGAGUGACUCCUCGUUCCCAAAACGGAACUCCAUGACUCCGAGUGCCCCAUACCAGCAGGGCAUCAGCAUGCCAGAUGUGAUGGGCAGGAUGCCCUAUGAGCCCAACAAGGACCCCUUUGGUGGGAUGAGAAAAGUGCCUGGAAGUAGUGAGCCCUUCAUGACGCAAGGACAGAUGCCCACUAGCACCAUGCAGGACAUGUACAACCAAAGUUCCUCCGGAGCCAUGUCCAGCCUGGGCAUGGGGCAGCGGCAGCAGUUUCCCUAUGGGACCAGUUAUGAUCGAAGGCAUGAACCUUACGGGCAGCAGUACCCAGGCCAAGGCCCUCCCUCAGGACAGCCGCCAUAUGGAGGACACCAGCCUGGCCUGUAUCCACAGCAGCCGAAUUACAGACGCCAUAUGGACGGCAUGUAUGGGCCUCCAGCCAAACGCCACGAGGGGGACAUGUACAAUGUGCAGUACGGCGGUCAGCAGCAGGAGGUGUAUAACCAGUACGGAAGCUCCUACUCGGGGCCCGACAGGAGGCCCAUCCAGGGGCAGUACCCGUACCCCUACAACAGAGAGAGGAUGCAGGGCCCGGGCCAGAUACAGCCGCAUGGGAUCCCCCCCAUGAUGGGCGGCCCCAUGCAGUCGUCCUCCGGCGAAGGGCCUCAGCAGAGCAUGUGGGCGACUCGCAACGAUAUGCCUUACCCCUACCAGAACCGGCAGGGCCCCGGCGGCCCUGCUCAGGCACCUCCGUAUCCAGGCAUGAAUCGCACGGAUGACAUGAUGGUACCUGAUCAAAGGAUAAACCACGAGAGCCAGUGGCCUUCUCACAUCAGCCAACGUCAGCCUUAUAUGUCCUCCUCAGCCUCCAUGCAGCCCAUCACGCGCCCGCCUCAGUCAUCCUACCAGACGCCGCCGUCACUGCCAAACCACAUCUCCAGAGCGCCCAGCCCCGCCUCCUUCCAGCGCUCUCUGGAGAGCCGCAUGUCUCCAAGCAAGUCGCCCUUCCUACCCUCGAUGAAGAUGCAGAAGGUCAUGCCCACAGUCCCCACGUCCCAGGUCACGGGGCCGCCCUCCCAACCGCCCCCCAUCAGGAGGGAGAUCACCUUCCCGCCUGGCUCAGUGGAAGCAUCCCAGCCAGUCUUGAAACAAAGGCGAAAGAUUACCUCAAAAGAUAUCGUUACUCCAGAGGCAUGGCGUGUGAUGAUGUCCCUGAAGUCAGGUCUUUUGGCUGAAAGUACUUGGGCUUUGGACACUAUUAAUAUUCUCCUAUAUGAUGACAGCACUGUCGCUACAUUCAAUCUCUCCCAGUUGUCUGGAUUUCUCGAACUUUUAGUAGAGUACUUUAGAAAAUGCCUGAUUGACAUUUUUGGGAUUCUUAUGGAAUAUGAAGUGGGAGACCCCAGCCAAAAAGCACUUGACCACAACGCGGUGACGAGAGGUGACAGCCAGCCCUUGGCCAACGAUUCUGGAAAAGAGGACGAAGAUGCCGAAUGUAUUGAGGAGGAGGAGGUCGACGAGGACGAGGAGGAGGAGGAAGACAGUGGAAAGGCAGAGCCCGAGGAGAAGAGCAGCAUGGCCUUGAGCCCUGCUGACGCCGCUGCAGACCCAAAGGAGAAGCCCAGGCAAGCCAGCAAGUUCGACAAGCUGCCAAUAAAGAUAGUCAAAAAGAACAACCUGUUCGUGGUGGACCGAUCUGACAAGCUGGGGCGCGUUCAGGAGUUCAGCAGCGGCCUUCUGCACUGGCAGCUGGGCGGCGGCGACACCACCGAGCACAUCCAGACUCACUUUGAGAGCAAGAUGGAAAUUCCUCCGCGCCGGCGUCCUCCUCCCCCUAUAGGCUCCACCAGCCGAAAGAAAGAGCAAGAAGGCAAAGGGGAUUUCGAAGAACAGCAAGAGAAGAGCAUCAUUGCGACCAUUGAUGACGUCCUAUCUGCCCGACCGGGGGCGCUGCCCGAAGACGGGAACCCGGGCGCCCAAGCCGAAAGCAGCAAGUUUCCCUUCGGCAUACACCAGGCCAAGAGCCACCGGAACAUCAGGCUCCUGGAGGACGAGCCGCGGAGCCGGGACGAGACCCCUCUCUGCACCAUCGCGCACUGGCAGGACUCCCUGGCGAAGCGCUGCAUCUGUGUGUCAAAUAUUGUGCGUAGCUUGUCGUUUGUGCCUGGCAAUGACGCCGAGAUGUCCAAACAUCCAGGCUUGGUGCUGAUCCUGGGGAAGCUGAUUCUUCUUCACCAUGAGCAUCCAGAGAGAAAACGAGCACCGCAAACCUACGAGAAAGAGGAAGACGAGGACAAAGGGGUGGCCUGCAGCAAAGACGAGUGGUGGUGGGACUGCCUGGAGGUCUUAAGGGACAACACGUUGGUCACGUUAGCCAACAUCUCCGGGCAGCUAGACUUGUCUGCUUACACGGAAAGCAUCUGCCUGCCCAUCCUGGAUGGCUUGCUGCACUGGAUGGUGUGCCCGUCUGCAGAGGCACAAGACCCCUUCCCCACUGUGGGGCCCAACUCUGUCCUGUCGCCUCAGAGACUUGUGCUGGAGACCCUCUGUAAGCUCAGCAUCCAGGACAAUAAUGUGGACCUGAUCUUGGCCACACCUCCGUUUAGCCGUCAGGAGAAAUUCUAUGCCACGUUAGUUAGGUACGUUGGGGAUCGCAAAAACCCAGUCUGUCGAGAAAUGUCCAUGGCGCUUUUAUCGAACCUUGCCCAAGGGGACACGCUGGCAGCAAGGGCCAUAGCUGUGCAAAAAGGAAGCAUUGGAAACUUGAUAAGCUUCCUGGAGGACGGGGUCACGAUGGCCCAGUACCAGCAGAGCCAGCACAGCCUCAUGCACAUGCAGCCCCUGCCUCUGGAGCCGCCCAGCGUGGACAUGAUGUGCAGGGCGGCCAAGGCCCUGCUGGCCAUGGCCAGGGUGGACGAGAACCGCUCGGAGUUCCUCUUGCACGAGGGUCGGUUGCUGGACAUCUCGAUAUCGGCCGUCCUGAACUCUCUGGUCGCGUCUGUCAUCUGUGAUGUACUGUUUCAGAUCGGGCAGUUAUGACAUCAGUGAGAAGGCAGCAUGUGUGAGUGAAGACUAGAGGCUCCCGUGUAACUGGCUGUUUUCUGUUCUUGUUUAUCCAGCGUAGGAAGAAGGAAAAGAAAAUCUUUGCUCCUCUGCCCCAUUCACUAUUUACCAAUUGGGAAUUAAAGAAAUAAUUAAUUUGAACAGUUAUAAAAUUAAUAUUUGCUGUCUGUGUGUAUAAGUACAUCUGUUUGGGUUGUUUUGUUUUGUUUUGUUUUGUUUAACCAAAGUUGCUGUCUAGUGCAUUCAAAGGUCACUUUUUGUUUUUCACAGAUUUUCUUUUUAAUGUUCUUUUCCAUGUUGUAUUGCAUUUUUUUGGGAAGCGAAUUGACUUUAAAGAAAAAAGAUGUGGCAAAACAUGCUAAGUUGGGAAAAGUUCACCACACUGAGGCAAAAAGUUGAAAAGUUAUCAAUUUCCUAGGCAUGUUAUUCUUCAGAUAAUGAAAUAAAAACUGUGUCCCAUCGCCCAAAGCUCUGUGCAAUAGAAACAUCUAGAAAUGUAGGUAUAGGGGCUCAAGGAGGUGUGUCAGUCAGUAGUCAAACUGAAAUGAUACUGGUUUCUCCACAGGAAAAUGGUUACAUUAGGCUAGGAGCAAAAACGAUGUUUUGUUUUGUUUUUUAAGUUAAGAUUGAAAAUACAUACCUGACAACGAUCAACGGAAAUUGCUUCCUCACCACUACCGUCAUGUCUGCUGUCUGUCUUUUGACCUUCCACAUGACAGUUCUUCACAAUUCCUUUAAUCAUUUUUUAAAUAUUUUUUUUACUGCCUAUGGGCUGUGAUGUAUAUAGAAGUUGUACAUUGAACAUACCCUCAUUUUUUUUCUGUUCUUUUUUCUUUUUUUUUUUUUUUAGUACAAAGUUUUUAGUUUCUUUUUCAUGAUGUGGUAACUACGAAGUGAUGGUAGAUUUUAAAUAAUUUUUUAUUUUUAUUUUAUAUAUUUUUUCAUUAGGGCCAUAUCUCCAAAAAAGAAAAAAAAAAGAAAAAAUACAAAAAACAAAAACAAACAAAAAAAAGAGGGUAAUGUACAAGUUUCUGUAUGUAUAAAGUCAUGCUCUGUUUCGGGAGAGCAGCUGAUCACAAUUUGCUUCAUGAAUCAGGUGUGGAAAUGGCUGCAUAUGGAUUGAUUUAGAAAAUGGUUACCAGUACAGUCAAAAAAAAAAAAACCAGAAAAAAUACAACUAAAAGGAAGAAACACAACUUCAAAGAUUUUUCAGUGACGAGAAUCCACAUUUGUAUUUCAAGAUAAUGUAGUUUAAAAAAAAAGAAAAAACUUGAUGUAAAUUCCUCCUUUUCCUCUGGCUUAAUGAAUAUCAUUUAUUCAGUAUAAAAUCUUUAUAUGUUCCACAUGUUAAGAAUAAAUGUACAUUAAAUCUUGUUAA